GUGGGUAAAUUGAGAGAGAAAAUCCAAGAGGUUAAGCAAGAAAGGGAGCAGGAGCAGCAUAAGCACACUGCCUAUGUUUCUGAACUGAAAGCCAAGCUCCACGAGGAGAAAAUGAAGGAACUUCAGAGUGUCAGAGAGCUACUGAUCCGGCAGCACGAGCAGGAGGUGGCGAGAAUGGUGAAAAUCAAAGAUGGUGAAAUUCAGCGUUUGCAGUCAACAGUCAAUGUCCUGCGGGACGGGGCGGCUGACAAAGUGAAGACGGCACUGCUGAGUGAAGCAAAGGAGGAGGCUCGCAAGGCCUUCGACGGUGAACGGAUGAAGUUGCAACAGGAGAUCUUGGAGCUGAAAUCUGGCAAAAAGCAGCUUGAAGAAGCUUUGAACAACAUUAUGCAGGCAGAUAAAAUGAAAGCUGCUGACCUGCGCACGGCUUAUCAGUCCCAUCAGGAUGAGAUUAAUAGAAUAAAGCGGGAAUGUGAGAGAGAGAUCCGCAGGCUGAUGGAUGAGAUAAAAGGCAAAGACAGAGUGAUUCUGGCUCUGGAGAAAGACCUCGGUGUCCAGGCAGGCCAUACACAGAAACUGCUCCUUCAGAAAGAAGCUUUGGAUGAACAGCUUGUCCAAGUGAAGGAGGCAGAACGAUACCACAGUAGUCCUAAGAGAGAGCUUCCUGCAGGAGUGGGGGAUAUCACUGAAAUGAUGGGAAGCCCGGAGCAGCAUUUGGAUGAACGAGAUGUGCGGAGAUUUCAGUUAAAAAUUGCUGAACUGAAUGCUGUAAUAAGGAAGCUGGAAGACAGAAAUACUCUCUUAGCAGAUGAAAGAAAUGAACUGCUGAAACGUUCUCGGGAGACAGAAAGUCAGCUGAAGCCUUUGGUAGAAAAAAAUAAGAGGAUGAGCAAAAAAAAUGAUGAUAUGUUGCAAUGUAUCCAGAGAAUGGAAGAGAAAAUAAAAAAUCUAUCAAGGGAAAAUGUAGAAUUGAAAGAGAAGUUAUCUGCACAACCAGCACUGAAGAGGCACACGUCUUUGAAUGAUCUCAGCAGCACGCGGGAGGAACAAGAAAUUGAAUUCCUUAGACUGCAAGUCAAAGAACAGCAGCAUGUUAUUGAUGAUCUCACAGUGGAAAGGGAACGGUUAUUACGGUCUAAAAAACAGAAGAGGAAAAGCCUGAAACCUCCAAAGAGGCAUGUUGUGGAGACAUUUUUUGGAUUUGAUGAAGAAUCUCUUGAUUCAGAAACAUCAUCUAUAACUUCAUAUAACACAGAUAAAACAGACAGGACACCAGCAACACCAGAAGAAGAUUUGGAAGAUAAUACGCCUAAAGAAGAAGCUGAACUAAGGUUCUGCCAGCUAACAAGAGAGUAUCAGGCUUUGCAAAGAGCAUAUGCAUUGCUUCAAGAACAAGUUGGUGGAACCCUGGAUGCAGAGAGAGAAGCAAGGACUCGUGAACAACUGCAAACUGAUCUUCUCAGGUGUCAGGCAAAAAUUGAGGACCUGGAGAAAGCUCUAAUCGAGAAAGGACAGGAUUCAAAAUGGGUAGAAGAAAAGCAGCUGUUAAUCAGAACAAAUCAGGAGUUGCUAGAGAAGAUUUACAGAAUGGAACAAGAAGAGCAUCAGCUGAAGAACGAGAUGCAAGAUGCAAAAGACCAGAACGAGCUGUUAGAAUUCAGAGUGCUAGAGCUUGAAGAGAGAGAACGAAGGUCGCCGGCAUUUAAUCUUCAUAUAACCACCUUCCCUGAACACAAUGGAAGUGCACUUCAACUGUUCUGUCAACAGGAAGGAAUAAAGGAUGUGAAUAUAUCUGAACUUAUGAAGAAGCUAGAUAUUCUUGGAGAUAAUGGGAAUUUGAGAAAUGAAGAACAGGUUGCAAUAAUCCAAGCUGGGACUGUGCUUUCCCUCUGUGAAAAGUGGUUAAAACAGAUAGAGGGGACAGAAGCUGCACUGACACAGAAGAUGUUAGACCUGGAGAAUGAAAAGGACCUGUUCAGUAAGCAGAAGGGUUAUUUAGAGGAAGAACUCGACUACAGGAAGCAAGCUCUGGACCAGGCAUACAUGAAAAUCCAGGAGCUGGAAGCCACGCUGUAUAAUGCCCUGCAGCAGGAUCCAGGAAGGCGGGCAAGUGAGUCGCUGACCGAAGCCCAGAGGGAGGAUUUGCGAGCUGCAGUGGAGAAGGUGCGGCGGCAGAUCCUGAGGCAAAGCCGUGAGUUUGACAGCCAGAUCUUGCACGAGCGAAUGGAGCUGCUGCAGCAGGCACAGCAG